AUGGAGUGCGCCAACGUUUUCCCGGUGGAACUGGUGGUGAUCGAUGAUCUCCCCUCUGUACCCCAACCACCAGCAGCCCAGCGUCGAAACAACCUUGACCGAGACUGCACUGGAAAAGCUGCAAACACAAUGAAACGAUCGUUUAUUCUGCUGAUGUUGGUCCUUGGAUCCACUGAAGCCAACAGAUGCACGGACGUGGAUGGGGUCCUCAAGCAGAUCGACGCAGGGAACGGGAUGGUGUUCGGAGUCAAUGCCAGCGGCUCCGUCUACGCCCGCGCCGGGAACUCCUGGAUCCUGUUCCCCGGGAACCUCAAGCACGUGACGGUGGGGCCAGCGGGGGUCUGGGGAAUCGGUCAGAACAUGGACGUCUACCAGCUGGUCGCCGGGACCUGGUUCCCCGUCACCAGCGAGCGGCUGGUUCAGGUGGACGCGGGGGGAGAGCGGUUUGUGGCGGGAGUCGACCGGUUCGGCUCCACCCUGUGCCUGAGCCAGGAGGAGCUGGGCCAGGUAGGCCGCAACCGCAGCCUGAACUUCCGCAGCGUGGGCAGCCGGAUGCGGUACCUCUCCUGCGGCCCCCUCGGGUGCUGGGGGGUCACCCUGGCCAAGGACGUGUACUACCGCCUCAAUGUCCGCCCCUCCGCCUGCCUCGGGACCAGCUGGGCGCGCGUCUUCGGAAAGUUCCAGAUGAUCGAGGUCGCCACGGACGGUCACGUCUUCGGGGUCAGCAUCACCAAGCAGCUCUACAUGAGGAAGGGCAUCACCGCAGACAAACCGACAGGCUGGGGCUGGACGAAGGUCCAGAUCGGGAACCUGCGCUUCCGGCACGUGUCCUGGGACCUGGGACACCUCUGGCUGCUGAGAGACAACGGCCUCGUCGUCCGCUGUUCCCACACCGACAACAGCUGA